GUAAAGAUCUGACAUCUCUGAUAUAUCUGAUAUAUCUAUAUAUAUCUAUAUAUAUAUCUUUAUGACUUGGUUGGGAGAGCGAACAAAAGAAACAAGACCAUCAUUACCUAUUAUAGGUAUGUAGGUCGGUAGAUAUUGCACAGAGUAAAAAGAGCUUCCAAGAACCACAUACAGUAAGAUAAAUGGGAUUAAUCGAGCCCUCAAGAGUUCAUACUUCCUUUCCUUCGUUCUUCUCCUUUUAUCUUCUUCUUCUUUUCCUUGAUUUGCACUUCGAUUUUCAGUACUCCCCAGGACGAUGAGGAAGUGAAGUUCGCUACCUUCAUAUAGGCAUAUCCAGGUAAAGUACGCCGUAGUCUAAAAAUGAUGGUUAAAGAGAAGACAAGGAACAAGGUGUCAGACAAAAAGGACUCCUCGCUACUAUCCGCACUAGGUAGGGACACCAGUAGUAGGUAUGAAAGAAGUUCAAAGCUCUAAUAAACUUUCCAAGGGAAGGGUUGCCAUGAGCAUGAACGGCCAAGUGUGUAUGUAGCCCCAGGUAAUAGUAGCAUCCUAUUCAAUGAAAGGAAGAGAGAAUCACACAAAGACCGAGAACACGUAACAGAUGGAAUAAAUUUCAUCAUUCAUUUGUAGAUAUAUGUGGAGUACAGAGAUACUUGGAGUACAGAGAUACUCUCAUACUGCCAAGGAAAAGCAUGUCCAUGUCAAGAUAUCAGAGGAAUGAUGGUGCGCAACUCAUGAACCUAUCUAGGACCUUUAGUAGUAUGCACAUACAUCUGUUAGUACAAGAAUUAAUCAGAGCCAGGCGUUAGUACGAGAAUUUUCAAGGAAUGAAUAGAAUUCAACACAAAUAUGACUUCAUCAUGAAUUAUCAUGAAUGGACUAAGAGGUUUGCUUGUGUAUGGGGUCGAGGAGGAGGACGAGUAGAUACCAAUAGAUAGGU